AUGGGAGUGACGCAAGAGGAAUUCACCACCUUCCAUUCCAUCGACCGCGACCUCUACGUCGUCUUGAGCAUCGCAUUGUGCCGCGACCCAAUGGAAUGCAUGCAAAUCAUGGCAUUUUGGUUGUGGCUGGAGCGAAUCUGCCCAUGCGACGUCGUUUACAAUAUCUUGUCUCUGCCGUGGGCCCUCAUCAACGAUCUCGCCGAGGAAGCCAGCCUGUGCCUUAGCUGCAUCAACUCUGACGUCUUCAUCCCGCCGCCGGACAACCUUGACGUCAUCCCACUGACCGUCGCAGUCCUAGACAAGGACUACAUAUCCCUCCCUUACUUUUUCCAGAACCGCUUCGAAGCGAGGAAGAAGAUAGCUCAGGAAUACAGCACCGUCUGUGUGCGUGCCCUAAGCGAUAUCAUGCAAAAGGUUAUCGAGCAGAAUGCCUGGCAGGCCACAAAGGCCGCUGCUGCAGCCGCCACAGCCGCCGCCACAACUGCUUUCGCCGCCAUGCAGAUGCCUUCUGCGUCGUUUGCUACCAAUUCACCUAAGGAUGUGCCGAUCCAGCCUGUACAACAACGGGAGCAACAACAACAACAGGGAAGUGAUGGGGUCGAGACGGCGGAUGGGGAUGAUAGGACCAUGUUCGCGACGUUCUCGAAAGGGUACCCGAUUAUGGAAAGGGAGCUGAGGGAAUUUCUCGUCAAGAACUUCGGCAGCAGCUGCAUCGAGUCGCUCCACAUGCACGAGGCGCCGCCGCCAAAGCAGUCGUUGUACGCUAAAAUCAUCUUUCGGUCGGCGACCACCGUAGAGAUGGUGCUCAAGGGGAUGCACAAGGCUAAGUUCAGCAUCAACGGCAAGCAUGUUUGGGUCAGGAAGUUUAUCCCCUACAAGAACAACUCCAAGCCCUCUGUAGGUGGAUCGGCGGGCGCUAGUAGUAGUGGCACUGCUGUUGGUGCCCCUCCACCGCCCAAAUGA